CUCCCCCUCUCUCUAUAAAGACUAAAGAGGUAGAAAUUGUUCACACCGCGUAAUAGUUCCCCACGGCCACCAGAAUCCUCUGUUUCCUGGUUUCCACCCCGGAGAAUGGAGCUCCAAACCGCCGACGUUGCAAUGGUUCUCACGAAGCAAGUCCUCCUGACGGAAGCCAGGGACCACAACGCCGUGAUUUCCCCGGCUUCGAUCCACGCCGUGCUGAGCCUCAUCGCCGCCGGCUCAAGCGGCCCGACUCGGGAACAGUUGCUGUCUUUCCUCAACGCCAAUUCAAUUGGCCAGCUCAACUUCCACGCAUUCCAGGUCGCCUCCGCUUUGGCCGACGGCGGCGCCGGUGGAGGGCCGACGCUGUCGUUCGUUAACGGGGCUUGGGUGGACAAGUCGCUUUCUCUCAGGCAUUCUUUCAAACAGGUUGCAGGCAGUUUCUACAAGGCCGUUCCCCUCGAAGUCGAUUUCAAAUACAGGGCAUCAGAAGUGGCUGCUAAAGUAAACGAAUGGGCGGAGAAGCACACAAACGGUCUUAUAAAGAACGUUCUUCCUCCCGACGGAGUCGACGGCUCGACGAGGCUGGUUUUCGGCAACGCCCUCUACUUCAAAGGAGCUUGGGCGUCGGCGUUCCAUCCAUCGGACACCAAAGACCAUGAUUUCCGCCUCAUGAAUGGAAGCUCGGUGAGAGUGCCGUUCAUGGCAGGAAACUGGUCGACGAAGAUGCAAUUGGUUUCCCAGCAUUUUGGUUUCAAGGUGCUUUCCCUUCCCUACAAGCAAGGUUUAGACAAACGGCGAUUCUGCAUGCACAUCUUCCUCCCUGACUUCACACACGGGCUGCCUGCACUGAUCCAGAGAGCAGGCUUCGAGCCCGGUUUCCUGGCCCGAUACGUCCCCAGGAAGAGAGUGAAAGUGGGCGAGCUCAGGAUUCCAAAGUUGAAGCUGAGAACUGAAAUGGAGGCUUCUAGAGCCUUGAUUGGGUUAGGCCUGGUUUUGCCCUUCUCUGGUGUUGAAGCAGACUUUAGCGAGAUGGUGGAGCACUCACUUGAUGACGACGAACGCCUCCAUGUGUCGAGCAUAUUUCACAAGUCGUUCAUCGAAGUGAAUGAGAAGGGCACGGAGGCUGCAGCUGCUGCGAUAGCUGCAAUGCAACCGAUCUGUGAAGUUGAUGAAGAUGAAGAUAGAUUCCAAGGUAUCGACUUUGUUGCUGAUCAUCCUUUCUUAUUCGUCAUCCAAGAAAGUAUGAGUGGGAUGGUGUUGUUUACCGGCCACAUCGUUGAUCCGUCGCAGUGCGAGUUAGAUCGAGCCGAUUACACAGGAUUUUACGGUGGUUUUGAUGACGAGUUCUUCUAGUUAAGGUUUUCUGUGUUCAAUGUACAUUGCUGAAUUAACAACCCCAAUGACAUCAGUCGAUAUGUUAAAUGGUAUGAUGCCAGUUGAAUGUAUUAUAUUAUUAUUUU